CUGCCGUAGUUGUUUAUCAAUUUCGAGAUUUUCGAGUGCACAAUUCUUUGGAUUUAUAACAAAUAUCUUAUCAAAUGUGCAUAAAAGUCAGUUGAUAAAUAAUGUCGGAUCAAAUAGAUACUUACUGUCGCCUUUGUGCAGAAACAACACCAAUAACACAGCUAAUAACGGCAGAGGACGAUGUCGCCGUGAGCUCCAAAGUUCUAACAAAAAUGCAGUGGAUAAACAUCGAUAUUACUUCUACUGUCCUUCCAACUACAAUCUGUUUCUCAUGUUUCGAUUUAUUAGAGAAAACCUGGGCGUUCCUACACAACGCACGCACCGCGCAAGUGAAACUAACGUCCAUUUUUGUGAAGAAAACAGUUGACGAUCAAAGCGCAUCAAAUUCUCAAGAAAAGAAAUCGCGAGACAACGUUCCCGUUAUAAAACCUGUGGACAAGGAUUGGGAGGACUUUCAGACGACAAAACAUCAGGUAAAAGUAGAAAAUAGUGACCAGCUAGAGCAUAUAACGACUGUAGACGCCAGUACACUCCUUCAAAUAGAUUUUCAAGUUAAGUCCGAGCAGCUAAGCGACAAUGAGCAUUACGACAAUUCAAUCGACUCCGAAGGCUUCUCCAGUGACAGCAAUGCUCCAUUGGUUGAGAAAAAGAAGAAGUCUAAACGUAAAAAAGGCGAUUACGAACUGAAUGACUUGGGAGUGUCGCUAACUUGGGAAGAAUACAUGUGCCGCUGCGCUCAAUGUGAUGCUCAGUGUAAGAAUAUGGAAUCCUUACAACUCCAUUCCUUGCAAAUACAUUCCUGUUGUUGUGUUUUCAAAUGCUUGGACUGCGAUAAGGUAAUUUCAAGCUACAGAUCCUUUAUAAAUCAUGUCCGAACUCAUAACAAAAGUCUCAGACGGUGUUGCGAAUAUUGCAACAAGCGUUUCUCAUCAUCAUCCUGCCUUAAGAAACAUGUCUCUAACGCUCACCGAAAGUCUUACCUUACAACAUGUUCAAACUGCGGAAGUAACUUUGAAACCCCUGAAUUACUACAAGACCACAUCUUCAUGUUUUCAAGAAGUCAAAAGAAGCAUCGGAAACAGGACAUGCUGGAUUCCGACCUGAAAUGUGAGCAUUGUCAUAAAGAGUUUAAAUCUAGAAGUAAUUUGCAGCAACAUAAACUAGUACACAUGGAACGGAAUAGAGAAUUUGCUUGUCAUGUCUGCGGCAAAAUGUUCUUCACUAAAGGUACGCUGAGUACACAUAUGAAUACACAUGAAGACUCAAAGCCACAUAAGUGUGAGUUUUGUCCGUUAGCUUUCCGAGCCCGUGGUAAUUUAAUAUCUCACAUCAGUCUUCAUUCCGGGGCAAAACCGUUUGUUUGCGAGCAAUGUGGAAAAAGUUUCCGAGUGAAAAGGCAUUUGAAAUCACAUUCCAUAGUCCAUACAGAUUUGAUGCCGUAUGUGUGUGAAUAUUGUAAUAAGCAAUUCCGCUUCAAAACUCGCUUGAACCUCCAUUUGAGACAACAUACGGGAGCCAAGCCGUACACAUGUAUAUUCUGUCAAAGAGACUUUACAAAUGGAUCAAAUUAUAAGAAGCAUAUGAAACGUAGGCACAAUAUUGACACAUCGAAGAAGAAGUUUAACGCUGUUGGUAAGGAUGAGAUGGAUAAUCAGGCAACUAUUCAAGCUGUGCAAGCCACAGUCCAGGCAACAAUACAAGCUAUUCAAGCAACACAAGCCUGAGUUUUACCUAUAGAAUUGUAGCAUUAAAAGCUAGUGGUAAAUAAAUGGCUAGACAGUAGUAUGCUCAAAACUCUUCAGAGAUGAGAUCUUGAGUUGUACUUCUAUUCUAUUCUAAAAUCAUAUACCGAAAUGGAGUUGGAAACUGUCAAAGGUUGAAAAUAUAUAGGGUUGAAAAUUCUCGAAAAAAUCAAAUCGUGUUUUUCAGGACUUAUGAAAUCUUCGUUUUUUCCCAUAUUUUUCAGUUUUUAUCGGAAAUAUAUAGACACUAAGUGACAUUGUUUUUUCCGAAUAAAACUGAAAAAAAACAUAGCUUUUAGAAAAAAACGGGAAUUUUCCGGGUUUUUUCAACCCUAUUUUUAUAGAUGGCACCAGCAUAGGUUUUAACUUACGUAGGAAGUGGCGCCCUCAAUCAAUUUCUUCCAUUAUAUAGUGUCGCUAUCGCUACUAAAGCCUGACAUAUAUGAUCACGCGCCAUGUUGCGGAAUUUUACUGAAACUAUAAUUUUUUCAUACUAUACUAAACUGUCACCCUAUACAUGAGAAUGCACAGCGCCCUCUUGACAAUGAUCAUAUAUUACUGGUCAGGCUUUAACAGCUUACAUAGGUAUGGCAAUAAUGUGCGUACGUCAUGGAUAGUCAAAUAAAAUGUCAGUACCUGUCAUGUCAAUGACCAAUAUCAAAACAUUGUUGAAAUCUUUUUUUGGCAUUUUUGUGGUAAAAUCAGCUAUUAUUACAAACUGCAGUAAAGAUUACUCAUAUUUUUCUAACUUGCUCACUUUAGACACAAUGUAAAUAAAUAAUGUAUUGUAUGUAUGUAUCCAUACUAUACUAAAAUAUUUGAGAAACAGAACAUGAACAAAGUCCCUAAAAAUUACGUUUUGAUUUCGUUUUUUUUUUAUCGAGAACAUAUUUUUUUUUUGUGGUUAUUAAAGGACCGAGUUGAUUUGAAGUUUUUUUUUUUACUUUUUACGGACAGGAAGUGAGUGAACUGAACUCGAGAAUCAAUAUUAAGAUUAUUAUUAGGUGUAUUUAGAGAUGCCCCACACUAGCGUCUCCCGAGCGUCGGCGUCUAGUCAACUCUAUGGCUCGACGCAACGUUGGCGCAACUGCGCAGCGACGCCAUAUUCCAUAGCGCUGACUAGACGCCGACGCUCAAAAGACGCUAACACUGUGGGAUGGCACUUAGAGACAUCCCACAUUAGACAGUAGCGUCUCCCGAGCGUCGGCGUCUAUUCAACUCUGGCUAUUGCUCGACGCAACGUUGGCGCAGUGGCACCAUUUUUCAUAGCGCUGACUAGACAACGACGCUCAAAAGACGAUAACUGUGAAUCGAAUAGUUAAAUAGUAUUUAUCACAUAGCUUGGGUACGGUGACAGCUGUCAUCUCAACUCAUAUUUAGCCGAUUUUGCGUUUUAAGGUUAUAUUUUAAAUGUAAAUGACAGCUGUCAGCAUUCCCAAUGUGAGAAAUAAUUAUUAAUUUAAGGUGAUACAUACCUCGCCUUAACUCAGGGAGUACUAUGAUUAUGAUUAAGUAAUCUUAAUUAAAAUGAAUCUAGUUAGAAUUAUGUUUCGUUAUGUUUUCGUUAUUUAGUCUACAUUAAAUAGUGACAGCCAAAGUAUACAUAUAUAUCGCAACACAUCCUUAGAAAGACCCCGUACUAGUGUCUUUUGGGCGUCGGCGUCUAGUCAGCGCAGUGGCGUAACUAGGGGGAUGGGGCAGAGGGGACAAGUGCCCCGGGCGCCAUCCAAGGGGGGCGCCAAAAUGGGCAAAAGGCAGCAGCAGGGAAACUUUUGUCAGUCGUCAGGGGGCGCAAAUUUGGUGACUGCCCCAGGCGCCAUAUCCUCUAGCUACGCCCCUGAGUCAGCGCUAUAGAAAAUGGCGUCGCUGUGUAGUUGCGCCAACGUUGCGUCGAGCAGCAGCCAUAGAGUUGACUAGACGCCGACGCUCAAAAGACGCUUGUGUGGGGCGGCCCAUAUUCCUAUGAUGUUAUCAUAGGGUGUGUUGCAUUGCAAUGUGAUUGCAAUAUAUUUGAUCAGUGAUCACUGGCUUUGACUGUAUAUUUGAUGUAGACUAUACCUAUUAUAGCAUUUGUACAAUUCAAUUCGAAUUAAACUGCAAAUAAUAUAUUAGUAUUUAUUAUGCGCAACACUGUAAAGUAGAUAAAUAAAGCAAUA